AUGGCUACCCCCAAUAUCCUUACCUUUGAUACUGAGGGUCGUGAUGUAGACUUUGAGGUCUGGGUCGAUGACCUCCAGCUGUUCUUACGGUACGAUAGGGCGGACGGACUCUCACUGUUCGAUCUCACCUCUAGUGUCUCCCCUGCCCCGCCUGCCACUGCUGAGAGCACUGUUCGCUCACAGUGGGCCACGCGCUAUGCUGCUGCACGUCUUGCUGUGCGUCGCCACUUACCGACCACUGAGCGUGCGCACUUUAGCCAGUACAAGAGUGCCAAGACCUUGGACCACUUCCUCUCAGUUUGCCCCACCACACUCACCGUUGACCUCCUCGAGGAGCGCCUCCUAGCAGUAGAGAAGAGCAUAGUCGCUGUAGGAGCCUCUCGUGGUGACCCUCGCACCCCCGUCUUUGAGGGGUGUUCUCCCUCCCCCCUCUUGCCCUUUGUUGCCUCUGCUGCUGCGGCCGACCUCGUUGGUUUCGAGUCGGUCAGCGCUGCGUCUGUCCCUAGCGGGAAGCGCCGCACCGGCAAGGACAAGGGGGGCAAGGGCGCUGGGGGGGGCAGUGGGGGCGGUGGAGGUGGUGGUGGGGGCAGUGGAGGGGGUGGGGGUGGUGGUGGGAGUGGUGGCGGGGGUGGAGGUGUCGGUGGCAGCAGUGGAGGCGGAGGAGGCGGCGGUGGUGGCGGAGGGAGCGGAGGCGGCGGCGGUGGCGGUGGCGGCGGAGGUGGCGGAGGCGGCGGAGGUGGCGGAGGCGGCAGAGGUGGCGGUGGAGCUGGUCGCGGCUCUGCGCAUAGGAGUGGCUCCAGUGGUGGUCCGCACCAGCAGCAGCAGCGCGGUCGUGAGACCCUGUCCCCUCAGCAGCUUCAUGAGUGGUACUCUGGGCGUCAGCGGGGUGGGGGUGCCGGUCCCUGCACCUACGUCCUCCGUACAGGCGACCGCGCUGGUGAGCAGUGCGGUGGCACGCACUCCACCCAGCGCUGCUUCGGCCGCCUGACGGACGCCUGGCGUCAUCAGUUCCCUGACGCCACUGAGAUCCCUCGCUGGGGAGAGCUGUCUAGGGCUGGGGUAGCUAUCUUUGAUCUUGACUAUGAUGCUAUUCUUGCUGCCAUGUAUGCUAUGUCUACUAGUGAUGAGGGUGACUGUUACCUAUGUGUUCCGCCUGACCCGGGCAUUGAGGCUGCUGCUCUAGGUGCUGGAGCAAGCGGUUCAACAGUUCACACCUGCGAGUCAGCGGGUGACCCACUGUACUUGUGCUCGGACGGGCCGACACUUGGCCACGUUUACCCGUCAGCCGGGGUCGAGCCUGUACACACUGACCACUGA